CUCUGACAACUUUGAGUCCACAUCAUUCCAGGUAGAAGCACCUACCAAAACAUUAUUACGGUGCAAAGCCAUGCGGGCUGAGAAGAGAUGGCACAUAUUAUUGAGUAUGAUCAUUUUGCUCACCACCUCCAGCCAUUGCAUGGACAGCAUGGAGGUAAAGCAGAGAGAAAGACAAACUCUGCUUAAUCUAAUCCUGCAAGUGAUCAGGGACAACCAGCGGGACAAGCCUGCAUCCAGGCACAUCACCAGUGGCCUCUACUCUGUAUCUCAAGAUGUGAAGUUAUCUUCACAUGAAAAGACUGCACAUAUGUCCAAGGAGGACAAACGCAGACCAAUAGAGAUUGUCCCAAGAGACACCAUGAAAGACAAAUUUAUAGAACAUUUUACAGGACCAGUCAAGUUUCCAUCUGAAUGCAGAAUACAUUUCCAUAGAAUUUAUUACAACACAAGGGAUUGCUCCCAACCAACAUAUUAUAAAAGAUGUGCACGACUGCUAACGAGACUAGCUAUGAGUCCCCUUUGCACACAGUCAUAGAAACUGCAUGUCAUAAGGAUAUAAAAGAAGAUACCCCAGAGAUGUGAGAGUAAAUAUUUUUCCAUGGAAGUGCCUUCGAAUCCCUGCAGUUAACUGUCCUUUUGUUUUUAU